AUGUUUAAUUGAAUGUGCCCGUUUUGGACGUACUAUCUGUUGACUAUCCUGUUCGGAGAUGAUUAGGCUGUUGACCACAAAACAAAAGCUUUCGAUGUUCAGAAUAAUAUAACCAGUGAGGUCAUGGUUAGUUUUAAUACAAGAAUAUUGUAACUGAGGGUAAAACCAGAUUUAAUAUUAUUCCAAAAAUGUCUGUAGAGGUUUUACUGGAGAAUGUCUUCACUGGCACAGGGGAAGGUCCCCAUUGGGAUGAAGCUACACAAACACUAUUUUUCAUAGAUAAUUUAGGGAAAAAAGUUUUCUCUUGGAAUUACAGAACUAAAGAAGUACAGAUGAUUCAGUUUGAAAAAGUUCUGGGAUUUAUAAUUCCACGUGCAAAAGGUGGCCAUGUAAUUGGUUAUGGAAAAACGAUAUCAGUCAUAGAUUGGAACUCAAAAAAAGUCAGUGUGAUUAUGGAGGUUGAUAAAACCGUUGAUACAAGGAUGAACGAUGGGAAAUGUGAUGCCAGGGGACGUUUAUGGUUUGGAACAAUGGGGGCUGAUAGACUACCAGAAAUGCCCGAGAAAGAGCAAGGAUCUUUAUAUUGUUUAUAUACUGACGGAACGGUGAAGAAACAUAUGGAGAAAGUCACCAUAUCUAAUGGAUUGACAUGGUCCUCUGAUAAUAAAAGGAUGUAUUAUAUAGACUCAAUACCUGGAAAGGUUUAUGGAAUGGACUACGAUGUAGAAACAGGAACCUUUACCAAUGAAAAAGUCAUAGUAGAUUUUGAAGCACUAGGAACGUUAGGUUUACCAGAUGGAAUGACUAUUGACACCGAAGACAAGAUAUGGGUGGCUUGCUAUGAUGGUGCUAAAGUCGUUAGAUUUGACCCUGACACUGGUAAACAAUUGCAAUGCAUCGACUUUCCUGCUAAAAGAAUAACAUCAUGCUGCUUUGGUGGACCGAAUUAUGAUGAGUUAUUUGUAACGUGUGGCCGAUCAGGAGCAACAGAACAAGAACUUAAAGAUUUACCACUAUCUGGUUCUCUAUUUAGAGUUACGGGCCUUGGUUUGAAAGGUUCAAAACCGAAUAUUUUCGAAGGAUAGUUCUCAGGUGUAUUGUAUUUUGCGUAAACUAUGCUUCAAGUUGAGAAAAUUGAAUCGAAUAAGUGUUCGGGACAAACAAUCGUGGUAAAGACAUAGCAAUACAUUUACUUCAAUAGAGUUCUGUUGAAUGUUUAACUUCAAAAUAUAUGUUGGUAAACAAAACUUAGCAAUACUGUCAACUCUUAACAAACUGCUUAUUCAAAAUGUUUGGACGGAUAUAAAUUCGCAUGCUGUAUUGAAAUAUAAAGACAAGUAUAGGAAAAAAUAAAUAUGUCUGUCAGAAUGA